ACUAUAAUAACCCAUGUUCUAAAAGACAUACACAGCCGAAAUCUCCUCCACUUCAUAUCUCCGGAAUCAGACAGACAUGUCCCUGCCAACUCUGCUAAACCCACAAACCCCAAAACUACACGUUCCUCUAUCUCUCAAGUUUCCAUCUUUCAAAACUCUAAAAAUCCCAACAAAAAUCCACUCCUCCUCACCUUCUUUACAAUCCCAAUUCCCUAUACGAAAUGACAGUUUUGAAGACCAAGACCAUGCCAUUGGUGACUGUAUAGUCUUUGAAGAAGGCAUUUUUGAAGACCCUUAUUUGGAAAACAAUUCAAAUGCCAUUGAGGAUUCAAAGUUGAGGUCUGUUCAGAAAAAGAUAAAAAGGGUUGUUCCUAAAAUUGAAGAAGAGAAUUUGGUGCCAGAGAAUUGGAGAGAAGUGCAAGCAGAGAUUAAUAUUGGUAAAAAAGAAAGGAGAAAGAUUGCUCAAGAAUUGGAAUAUAAUAAAAAAUUUGAAAGGAAAAGGAAAGGGUUGGUUCCUAUUAGGAAUGUGAAUUUAGAGGAGUAUCAGGCUUUUAGAGAAGCUAAAUUGGCACAGUUGAAGCCACUUGUGCUUGAUUAUCCACAGAGUAUUAAAGAGGAGGAGGAGGAGGAGGAGGAGGAUGAAGUGAGGGAGAUUGUUAGUGAGAGAGUGAAAGGGAAGAAUCCUAGAUGGGCGGUCUAUGGGAGAGGUUUAGAUGAUGUUAGAGAGUUUUUUAACGGUGAGGGUUAUGAGCCUGGUGAACAGAAAUCUGAAGGUAAGCGCAAGUUGUUUACGAAAGAGGAAAAGGUUUUGUUAAAUAAGCGGGUACCUGAUCUAGCAGUUGCUACCUCUAGAAAAUGGCUGCCUGUCCACACACUUGCUGCAUCAGGAGAAUUCUACCUUAUGGAUGCGUUGUUGAAGCAUAAUGUUGAUAUCAAUGCUGUGGAUGUGAAUGGUUGGACUGCACUUCACAGAGCAAUAAUAUGCAAAAAGCAAGCUAUAAUCAGCUAUCUGUUGAGAGAAUCAGCAGAUCCUUUUGUACAUGAUGCAGAGGGUGCCACCUUGAUGCAUUAUGCAGUUCAAACAGCAUCUGCUCCAGCUAUCAAAGUUCUUCUGUUAUAUAACGUCGAUAUAAACCUUCAGGACAAUGAUGGAUGGACACCAUUACAUCUUGCUGUUCAAGCCCGAAGAACGGAUAUAGUGAAGCUUUUAUUAAUAAAAAGAGCAGAUAGUACAAUUAAAAACCUGGAUGGCUUAACAGCACUCGAUCUCUGCCUCUAUUCUGGCAGAGACACAAGGACUUGUGAGCUUAUCAAGCUGUUUAAGCAGUUUGCGAAGAAAUCAACUUUGGCCAAAAACCCUUAUAAUGCUUCAGCUUCCUAACUGCCUUAAUGGAGCCACUUUAUAUCUUCCUAAUAUCCAGAUUCACUGGAAAAUCAUUGCUCUGGCAGUGAGAAUCUAUAAUUUCAAGCUCCCUCGUGUAUAUGAUUUAUACAUUGUAGAAUGGAGAAAUUGGAUGGAUGCAGAUAAACAAUGCCAAACAACUGUGCGAAAUGAACAAGAACAUGGCUUCUCCACCCUGCUUGAUAUUGUAAAAUCAGCAGGUUUUUGCAUGACUUUGUAAUUAAUGAUGUGAAAACUUAGCAUUGUAGUCUAAGUUAUAUUCAUCAAGUAAUUUUAGGCUGUGUCUGUAUUGUUAGUGAGCAA